ACGCGCGGCACUUUGUAAAGAGUUUUAACGUGAGGAUAAAUGAAGGUAAUUUUGUCAUGUAAGCUACAACAGCCUUCAAAGUGUAAAAUGAGGAUGAUUGUAUAUGAGAAGUGAUACGAUUCGGUGCUCUGUAUAAUAGCCGCUUGAAAAAUGCAAAGUAGCGGCGGAAACUCAGAUCCAGUAAGACCCCGUUUAAACUAUGUCAGAUCUCGUGGCGAAGCAAAACAAAUGCGCAAAAUUCACAUCAGAAAGGUCGCUUACAGAGUUGGAUACAGCUGGAACAAAGGUGGAAGACUCAAGGAGCUGAGAAUAAGGCACCUUGCAAGAAAGUUUCUGAAGAUAUGGAUACAGAACACCUUUGGCCGAGUUCUUCCUCAUGAAGCAAAGUCGCAUUAUAACAGAGUGGUACUGAGAAGAACCUUUGAAGGAUGGAGAGAUGAGUGGUGGUCAUCCAGGAGGGAGUGGAGUCUGAACAUGCGAGCAGACUGUCACUACAGGUAUUACCUGUGCAACUGGACUCUCCACAGCUGGCGAAUGUUUGUGUGUUUGCAGAGGGAAAAGAAGAUGCAACAGCAAAAGGCUCAGUCAUUUGCUGACAAGCAGCGGAUGCGUCUGGUGUUGGACAGAUGGGAGGUUUUCACAGAGAUGAGAAGACUGAAGAGCAGAAUGCUGGAAUCAGCUCUUGAGCAGUACAGGCUCUCAGCUAUGCACUCAGUGUGGAGCUUGUGGCAGACUAGAUUACAGCACCGUCGAGACCUUCACAUUUUGGAGGAUCAAGCACAGAAACAGAGGGCGCUAACCUUAAAGACAAGGGCUUGGCUUCAGUGGAAGAGAUGCAGACGGCUGCUUCUUGCCAGAAAGAAAAAGAAUCCAGAGCUGCGUUUCAUUAUAUCUCCGGAUGAAAAGAAGAGCUUUGCAUCAGUGGAUAAGAUAUGUGUCUUUUGGCUCAGCGUGCCUGCUCUCGCCUCCUGGUGA